CCUCCUCCUCCUUGUCGCUCCCAAGCUACAAAAGACCUCCACUCAACUCUGCGUCUGCACCCCACAGACUUGCGCUUCUUUCUUUGCAGCAGUUCCUUCAUUUUCAGACACAUUUGAUCAACAUGGCAGUGACACUUGCGUACUGGGACAUUCGCGGGCUUGCCCAGCCCAUUCGCCUCCUGCUGGAGUACACCGGCACCAAGUACGAGAACAAGUUUUUUGUCUGUGGAGAAGCUCCAAACUAUGACAAGAGCUGCUGGUUUGGUGAAAAACCAAAACUUGGAUUGGACUUUCCCAAUCUUCCCUACCUGGUGGAUGGAGACAGGAAGAUUGUGCAGAGUAAUGCUAUCAUGAGAUACAUUGCUCGCAAACACAACUUGUGUGGAGAGACUGAAGAUGAAAAGAUCCGAGUAGACAUCCUGGAGAAUCAGGCCAUGGACUUCAGAAAUGGCUUUGUGAGGCUCUGCUACUUUGAGUUUGAUGGCAUGAAGCCAGGGUACCUGAAGGCACUGCCAGGUGUACUGAAGCAGUUCUCAGAUUUCUUGGGAGACAGGAAGUGGUUUGCUGGUGAAAAGAUCACAUUUGUGGACUUCAUCAUGUACGAGUUGUUGGAUCAACACAAGAUGUUUCAUCCUUCGUGCCUGGAUGACUUCAAAAACCUGAAAGACUUUGUGAGCCGUUUUGAGGCUCUGGACAAGAUUGCUGCCUACAUGAAAUCCAACAGAUUCAUGAAGACUCCUGUCAACAACAAGAUGGCCAAAUGGGGAAACAAGAAAGAGUGAAGACUGAAUCCAUUUAUGCCUUAAAGUAAAGCUGAUGUUCCAAGUGCCACUGACUGAACCAGAGAUUCAAAAUGGAAGUUUCUGUGCCAUUUAUCCAUUUUUUU